AUGGAGAAAAACAAGCAGCUGAAAGGGUCAUGGUUGGCAGAACAACUACUUGAUGUGUUUAAGGCUAGGCCUCAUUGGCCAGCUAAAGAGAUCAUUGAAACAGUCAAGAGAGCUUACAGGGUUAUCAUUAGGAAAGAGUUUACUUACAAGGUAAAGUGGCAUGCUCACAAAAAGCUUCAUGGCUCCAUGAGAGAGCAUUAUGGGAAGGUUGGCAGGUAUCUUGAAGCCUUGAAAAGGUCCAGUCCAAACACACAGUUGGACUUAGUCACAUACAUGGACAAGAAUAAGCCACCACAGAUUUUUCAGAGGUUGUAUGUCUGUUUUGAGGGAUUGCAAAAAGGUUGGAUGGAGGCUUGCAAAAGAAUUAUAUGUGUUGAUGCUUGCUUUUUGAAGACAUUCAUAGGGGGAAAGUUGAUGUCUGCUGUAGGCAGAGAUGGGAAUGAUCAGAUGUACCCAAUUGCUUGGGCAGUGGUGGAGGGUGAAAAUUAUACUUCCUGGGAGUGGUUUUUGAAUAACCUCAGCAAAAGCCUUCAGCUUGGUGAUGGUUCUGGAACUGUGAUUGUGUCAGAUGAGCAUCAGGCCAUUCCAAGAGGGGUUAGUGUGACACUCCCUCAAGCUGAGCACAGACAUUGUGCAAGACAUAUUUUUUCAAAUUGGCACAAGAAUUUCAGAGGUGAUGAAAUGAAAUUGAUGUUUUGGAGCUGUGCAAAGUCAUAUAGUGAAGCUGACUAUAGAGAUGCACUUAAUAAGUUGGAGACAACUAAUGCUGCAGCUGCUGCAGGCUUCAAAAGUUACAACCCAAAUGUCUUCUGCAGGGCAUUUUUGAAAACUGAUGUGAAGGCAGAUGCCAUCACAUCUAACAUGGCUGAGACAUUUAAUGGGUAUAUCAUUAAUGCUAGGGCAAAACAUUUGAUUUAUAUGUUGGAGGAUAUAAGGGCAGCUUUAAUGAGGAGGUUGGUGAUUAAGAGGCAGGAAAUGGAAAAAUGGAAGAGUGUUUUAUGUCCAAGGAUUCAAAAGAAGCUAGAAUCAGAGAAAGAGGAAGCUGCUAAUUGUGAGGUCAUUCCUUCUUCACAGAGUGUGUUUCAAGUGAGCCAUAUCUUGGACACUAUGUCUGUGGACCUGGAAAAAAGAACUUGCACAUGCAGAAAAUGGGACAUGUGUGGGAUCCCAUGUUGCCAUGCAGUGGCUGCAAUUUUUUUCUGUCAUAAGAAGGCAGAAGAUUAUGUUGAUGAGUGUUAUAAGAAGGAGAUGUACUUGAAAGCAUAUGGGAAUUCAAUCCCUCCAAUUGAAGGUGAAAGGCAUUGGCCUCAAUCCAAGUUGAGUAUGGAUCCACCCCCCCAUCAAAGUAGGACCAGGAAGGCCAAGGAAGAAUAG